CUAAGUUGAAUUCGGUACACGAAACUUAAGAUAACAAUGGCUAAACCCAAAGGUGAAAGAAAAGGCAAAUCAGCCAUAAACGAAGUUGUUACCCGUGAAUAUACAGUUAAUUUACACAAACGACUUCAUGGUGUUGGAUUUAAAAAGCGUGCCCCAAGAGCAAUCAAAGAAAUCCGAAAGUUCGCUGAAAAACAGAUGGGAACUCCGGACAUUCGAGUAGACACUCGCUUAAACAAAUUCCUUUGGUCUAAGGGAGUCAGAAAUGUUCCCUUCCGUGUCCGUGUGAGGCUUUCACGAAGACGUAAUGAUGAUGAAGAUUCCGCACAUAAGUUAUUCACACUAGUGACUUACGUGCCUGUUGCAUCUAUCAAGGGUUUGCAGACAGAAAAUGUUGAUGCCAGCCAAGAAUAAACUCCUUUAGUAUA